GAACAACCCAAAAAAAUUAACGGACAAAAGGAAACGGCAGUUAAAAAAGAAAAAAAGAAAAAAGAAAAAGGUGCGUUUUAAUAAAAUAAGAGGCAAAGAUGAGAAGUUGGGAUCCGAAAGAGAGAGAGAGAGAAGAAAUAAAAGGCAGAAUUGUGUGGAUAUGGCAGUGCAGAAAGGAGGAGAAGAAGAAAGAAACCUCUGGUUGAUUUGCAGCCUGUUGUAGCUUAAGGUGACCUUCAAUUUUAUCAAAAGGCCACUUUCCUCCUCCUUUCUCUCUCUCUCUCUCUCUCUCGAUACGAUACAACACAACACAUUUUUAAUUUCUUUUUCUCAUUUCUCUGUGUGUGUGUGUGUGUGUGUUUAUAUCGAGACAGUGGUGCCCCUGAAAUUCCUCUUCUCGAUCCCCAAUUUCUUUCGAAAUACGUUCAACAGAGAAUUUCACCGUCUCCAAAGAGGUUGUCUCCCAGUUGAUACAUGCAUCAAUUUGUUUCUUCUCUUUUAGCUUCUUCUUUUAAACUCAUCUUCCUCUUCCCCCUUUGCCUCCUGGAUCUGGAGUUCUUCAAAAAAAUUUCAAGCAGCCAAUAUAAUUUAAUUUGAGAUGCCAUUAAAGGGCUUUGUACGGGAGCUUAGAGAGAUAAGGGAUGACAUAAGCACAAUAUCAUUUGGAAAGGGAAUACGACGCCGUGGGAGAUCACAUAUUGCUCCAGAAAGUGCGUCAGAAAUAUUAUCAAACCAAGUGAUUAUUGAUCAGAGCCCAUGGGCAAACUUGCCCCCUGAAUUGCUCCAUGAUAUAAUUCAAAAAGUGGAGGCUACUGAGACCUCGUGGCCUGCUAGGAGAGAUGUUGUGGCAUGUGCAUCAGUUUGUAAGUCUUGGAGAGAGAUCACUAAAGAAAUUGUUAAGACCCCUGAGCAAUGUGGCUGCCUUACUUUCCCCAUCUCCCUAAAACAGCCUGGCCCAAGAGAUGCUCCUAUUCAAUGCUUUAUUAGGCGGGAAAGAGCAACUUCGACUUAUCUGUUGUAUCUUGGUCUCAGCCCUGCUCUAUCUGGUGAUAUGAGUAAACUGUUAUUAGCAGCAAAGAAGAUUAGACGGGCAGCAAGUACUGAUUUUCGAAUAUCAUUUGUUGGAAGUGAUUUCUGUCGAACAAGCAACACCUACGUUGGAAAAUUGAAGUCUAACUUCCUGGGAACCAAAUUCACCAUUUAUGACAGUCAGCCGCCACACCCAACAAUGCAAGCCAACUGUAAGCAACAUAGAAAAGUCCAUUCGAUCCAGGUAUCUCCACUGGUACCUGCUAGAAACUAUAGCAUCGCCACUGUUUCUUAUGAGCUCAACGUCCUCCGAACCAGAGGCCCAAGGAGAAUGCAAUGUACGAUGCACUCUAUUCCCGUCUCUGCCAUUCACGAAGGGGGAACCGCCCCUACUCCAACAGAAUUCCUAGCUUGUAAUGAUGAGCAGAUUCCUCCAUCAUCCAUUUCAAAAAGAAAGGAGCCACUCAUUGAAUUCAGCACAACUAGCGUUGCUGAAUCAAUUGAACCAAAUUGCGGCAGAAAAGAUCCCUUAGUUUUGAAAAAUAAAGCACCAAGAUGGCAUGAGCAACUACAAUGCUGGUGUCUAAAUUUCAAAGGACGUGUUACGGUAGCCUCCGUGAAGAAUUUCCAACUGGUGGCCGCUAUUGAUCCCAGCCAAAAUGUGCCAGCAGAGGAACAGGAAAAAGUUAUUCUGCAAUUUGGGAAGAUUGGGAAAGACAUCUUCACCAUGGACUAUCGCUAUCCACUGUCUGCCUUCCAAGCCUUUGCAAUCUGCUUGAGUAGCUUUGACACUAAACCAGCCUGUGAAUGACUAUUCUAUUUUACCAUCUUGGGGCCCUAUUUACGUUAUUCUUCCCUGAAAUUUUGUUGUAUAUAUUCUCUUUGAAGGAAACACUUUAGGAGUUGCCAUGCCAUCAUUUCUGCUAGUGCAUGCAUGUCCUGUGUAAGUUUCAGCUUUUAUUUAUUUGCAGAAAUGUAGUUUCAGUAAUCUCACCAAACUGUGUAAUUUCUUCAUUAUAGAGAAUUUCACUUUCGUCUUUCUUGUA